UUCUCCUCGAAUAACCGCGCGUAUUUACUCGAGGCCACUACCGUCGAAGGUGUAACAGCGGUUACCGGAAGGGCGUCAUGUUAUAUAUUAACUUCUCCUCGAAUAACCGCGCGUAUUUACUCGAGGCCACUACCGUCGAAGGCGUACGAUGUUAUAAAAAUUAACGACAACAAUUUAAAAA